UUCUGUUUUCGUUUUCGUUCGUAGACACGACACCCAACUGUCACUGCACUGUCAUAAUAUUUCGAGGUUAAUUUUAGGAUAACAUUUUAUUUGUGCCCAUAAAUAGAUUCUUUUUAACUUUUAUUGUGCGUGCUAGAAAGUUUAAAUUCAUAUUUAAAAUGUCCUUCGGAAGUGACUGGAAUAAAAUGUAUCAAGAAAACAAACAUCCAAAACCAAACUUCUCAUCUGCUUUUGGGUUAUUAUCUCAUCUCGAUGUUGAUGAAUUAAGAGCUUAUUUGAAUGACGAAGACAAGUUUGAAAGUAUGGUAAAGGAUGUUAAAGAGUUUAAGGAAAUAGAAACUGAAAAAGAAAUGGUAUUGGCAAGCAAUCGCUCCUUGGCUGAGUUUAACCUGUCAAAAGAGCCGCAUCUGAAAAAGACAAAGCAAGAAAUUCAACAGCUUAGUGAGGAGGGAGAGCAGCUGUUCAACAGAAUAGAAGCUAAAUCUAAAGAGCUUUCUCAAAAAGGAUCAAACCAAAGCCUAGAAACAACUUUGGCACUUUUACAAACUGCCGCUUCUGAAAUGGAAGAGGAAUCUGAGGCAUUAGCCUCAAAGCUUCUGGACGGCACCCUAUUUGUUGAAGGAUUUCUAGAACAGUUUUCUACUCAUCGCAAGUUGAUGCAUUUGAGAAGAGUGAAAGCAGAUAAGAUGACAGAAAUGGUCGGCAAGAGAUCAUCUGUAUCGUCGGCACUUCACAGUUCAGGAUCCAAUUUCUACUCCCCACCACCAGCAUUGGCAGCUUACCCCAUGGUGCCAAUCAUGCCUAUGCCCUCUAUGUAUACUACACCUAACCAUUUCGGUUGAAAAAUAAUUAAUAUGUAUAGCGAAAAAAUUAAACUAACUUUUAUUUUUACGGAUUUUUUUCGAGCUAUUUUAAUUUUUCAUGUUCAGAAUGGUUAAUUAUUGUAUUUUAGAUAUUGUGAAUAAUAUAUUUGAUACAUAAUAAUAUUUUAACUAAUUUAUAAAACUAUAGAUACAUUUUAUUAUAUUACAAUUUAUUUAUUCAGUUCAAUUACAUUUUCAAGUAAAGAUCAGAAUAGUUAUUGUCCUUUUCUAUGGUUCCAAAAAUAACUAGACUAGAUAUAACCACUAAUCAAAAUCUGGUUAUAAGCACCUCGAUGGUGGGUAUAAAUAAGGAAAACAUAUUGGAGUGUGUGCUUUAAUGGUUGUUCAAAUAUUUAAUUGUAUAUAAACUAUCUAUUGUCUAUUAUUAUCUAUCGAUUAUAAUGUUGUCAAAAAAUUAGCUUAUUUAAAAUAAAAACUCGUUCAAACACGCUAUUAAUUGUUAUUUAUAAUAUAAAGCAACAAAAUAUCUGUCUUAACUAUAGAUGAUGUUAAUCUCAAUGCCACAGUAAAGCUACAUUAAAGGUCUAUAGUACCUCUUCAUUGUCUGUCUAUGAAAGAAACUGUUAAAAUCAAAUACUGUAUUUAUUUAUUCGUAAUAUGUACGUACUAUGAAUGGUAUCAGAUAUUAUUUCUAAGAAAUACCCCCGCCGCAGCAAACAUUCAGUUUAAGCAAAUUUCAAUUUGUCUAUUGGAUUCAUACUAAAAUAUCUCCAUAAAAAGACAUAUUUUAUCUCUUAUCCAUAUAUAAAGCCCAAAGUACCCAUGAACUUUUUAGAAAACUACUAGUCACAUCCCCAUAAACCAUAUACUUAAAAUGUUUGGCAUGACGAGAAACCUUGCGCAAAACUAUCCAUUAUUUCAUAAAUUACCCUUUAAGGUCGUAAUUGCUUUCCAAAGGGAACUUUCGAUACACCUAAUGUUAAAAAUACCUCAGCUGUACUUAUUUGUAUGUUAUUCCAUAGACUAAGCAACACAAGUAGACUCCUCAUCCCAUUGUAAAUUUUGAAGCUUGUUUUUUGUGUCUAGUUCAUGUACGUCCACACUGAUCGCUGGGGUAGACAACAUUUUGUUUCUAUUAUUUUAGGGUUAUUUUCAUGAUUUGUGCUUUACUAUUUGGUUAUAUAAGUAGGAGACCAGUUAUUGUUUAUGAUUAAAUCGUUUUAUUUGGUUAAAUGAGAUUUUAAACGACUGAAAUAACAAGAAACAAAUUGUAAACAAAACAUAACCUCUACAGUUGGACGUACAAAACCAACAAUAAAAUUGGCUUCAGCUGGUCCAUAAGGAUGACAAAUCUACUAAGGGAGUAUGAUUUAUCUAUGGUUAUUCUUUCAAUUUAUUACCUUAUUAAAAUCAGGUGUGAUUAUUAGUUUCUAUUGUAUUCUGCUUUGUUUAUUUCAGCUUAACCUAUUUAAUUAUUUUUGUCUAUGACUUUACCAAUCAAUAGUUUUAUUAAUACAGUACUUAUGAAGUCAAACGGGGUGAAGCCUGUGGGUAACAGCUAGUUUAAAUAACACCAGAUUUUAUGGGUACUUAGGUUUGCUGGUAUGGGGAAGGUAAAAAGAGUUUUUUUUACCAAAUUUUAAUAGUAUAAGGUGUAAUAAACAAAUUUUCCAUAUUUGAUUACUUAAACAAGCAAACUAUAACAGUUUACUUGCUCUCCAUAAGAAUAAAACAGGAAUUUUAAAUUUACAGUUUUUUAAUUUUCUCCAUUACUAAUAACCGUUCAAAAACACUUUAAUAUACUAAAUUAUUUGUUUUUUAAGCUCUUCAUCAUUUUUUAGAAGUAGGGAAAUGUUUUGUUUUGAGGGUCGAAAAUGGGAAAAACCCAUGGUCUGAUUAUGCGGCUUUGCGAACUCAUUCAAGUUUGAAGUCAAGUCAUGAAAAUCGGCUAAAAAUUACUUGAGUUAUCGUAUUCACGGACACACACACACACACACACACACACACACACACACACACACACACACACACACACACACAAACACAUAUAUAUAUAUAUAAACAUAUAUAUACCUCUGGGGACAUAAAAAUGGAAAAGUAAAUCGGUCCCAAACCUAGAUCUUACUGUGCCACCUACGGUAAUAGCUACUUUUCUAUGGGGUAAAUUGGCUGAUAAAAAUAAGUAGAUAAAUUAGCCUUCUAACAAUAUUACAUCUAAAUAAAGCUAACAACGUAAUUUACUUUAUUAAUUUCAAAAUUCAAUAAUUGAGUAACAAGUUUUCUUAAUAAUAAUGUUUUUACAUUUUUCUUGAAUUUGUUAAUCUAUCGAUAAGAGACUAAUAAUUUUUAGCAUGAAAAAUAAUGACACAAACAUUGAUUAAAUAAAGUUCAGUAUUUGACAUGAAGUAGGCAAACUGAUUAAGAAAAUGUAUUGCUUCACAAACACACUCCAUUAUUGAUUACUUUUAAUUUCAUAGUACUAUUCUCAAAUCAUUGAGAAAUUUUAAAUGUGUUGGAUCAUUAUUUGUAAAUUUCAUGUAGGAAGAUCAUUAGUGUGCUGUAAAUGAUCUUGUACAGGUGUUAUGAACUGUAGAGUAGGGUAUUUGUAAAUUUUCAUAAUGAGGUCUAUACAAUAUAAUCUAUUAUGUUACAAAAUCAUAAGUUUAAAUUCAAUUUUUAAAAGAUUCCUUACUUAGAGUACAAUCGUGGUCUUCUGGUGACAACAAAGUCAAAGACGAUGAAACACUAACACUCACCGACAUUUUGGCCUCGAUACAGAGUGCCAUCUUCAAGGCGACUUGACUCCGCAAAGAUGAAAAUCAAGGGUUGUUGAGACUUCAUUUUUCAUCUGUGGGGAGUCAAGUCGCCCUGGGCACUCUGUGUCGAGGCCGAAACGUCGGUGAGCGUUAGUGUUUCACGGUUUUUGACAUGGUUUUUGAUAUAUUACUGUUAAAAAGUUUACAAUUAUUAAGCUCUGAUUCAGCUUGAGAGAUAAAAUCAAUGUUCUAACAAAGAUCAUAAAAAAGAUUAAAUAAAAAAAAUGAUCUUUGAUUCUUAGUUUCUCUUUAGUAUGAUUUGAAUGUCAUAGAUUUUUUAUUGAACUUGUAUUGUAGUUCAUUACGUUAAGAUGACAUGUAAUUUGUCAUGUUUUGUAUUGUUUCAUUAAAUAGA